AUGAAUCCCGGUGAUAGCUUGGGUGAACCCGAGAUUGAAGUAGAACCUCCACCAGAAGAGGAAAAGGAGAAAACUGUUUGCGCGAGACUAGUCCUCACAUUGGAACAAGAAAACGAUUUGCGCGAAGCAUUUAAUUCCCUCGAUCAUCUAGGUGAAGGAAAAAUAGUAGCCGAUGAUUUUCGCGUGGUCAUAAAAGCGCUAGGCUAUCAACCCACUAAAGAAGAGUUGCAAAUGAUGAUUAACGCUGUCGAUAAAGGCUACACCGGAAAAUUGAGCUUCGAAAACUUUCAGACCGCAAUCAUGAGAAAGGUUAUGUCCCUGGAUACCGAUGGUGACAUCAUGAAAAGUUUCAGAUUGUUCGACAUGGAUGACAAUGGAUUGAUUAGUUUUGAAAAUAUUAAAAAAGUGACUGAAAUACUCGGUACGUAUCUCACUGAUGAGGAGAUCGAAGAGAUGAUAGACGACGCUGAUAAAGACUUCGACGGCUUUAUUAAUGUGCAAGAAUUCAUGAGAAUGAUUAAGAAUAGUGUUCAUAUUGUUACUCCAUAA